GUGGCGAUGACUCAACUUUUGUGGUGCUUUGCCAUAUGUGGCUCAUUCAACAGCACGCCUGGCAUAACACUGGUUCAAUGGUCCUCUCGAUUUCAAUCCACGAAGCACACAAGGUGCAGAGGUUGCGUGAGAUAUGGCUCCGUAAUCUCCACAUUUUGUUCGCAUCUCGGAGGGCAGCAUUACCUGAGGUCAUGGCGAUGUUGCCUGACAGGAUACAUUAGGAGAUGGGCAGGCACUGAGGCUGGGAAAGACAAAGCUCUGGGGCGGAGGAUGAGAGAGUGGUUUCUGGUCAGAUACUAUAAUAUAGACAACAGGGAAUCAACACAGUGGAGGGAGAGAAGAGGUUGGGCUGUAAGGAGAUACAUCAUACAGGGGCGAGAAUUCAAUGAAAUAAAAUCAAAAUGCGUGUCGGCCUGGUCAACCACGUGCUGUGACCGAGUUUAAACCAGGCAAAUAAAUCCCACAAAAAUUGAAGCAGUUCCAAAAGUGCCAGCACGAGCCACUCGGCACCUCGCAAAGUGUAUGUAUCCCUUCCCGUCAGGAUGGGACUAGAGAGACGGGACUAGAACCCGCAGAAAAAGGGGAAGUUGUAGCUCGGCGGGACUUUCGUGUACCGCCGAUCUUAACCUGUCAUCAGGCCUCCCGUCUUAGCUCCGUAUGAUGGCACGGACCACGCUGCAGGUGCCUUGCGGUGAGCACCUAUUCAAGGGUUGAGCGGGGGAUGGCAG